AUGGAGAAGAAUGGAGUUCACGGGCAUCCGCGAGGGCUCACCUUUCCGCAGAAUACCUUCUUCUUGGAAUGGGCGCGGCCUCCUCCUGCCCACCUGAGCUGUAGACCUAGUACCCCAGAGCCGGUGGGCGGAGACCCGGGGGAGCGCCUCCCGCGCCCUGGCCAACCUCCGAGUGGAAACUACAAUUCCCAGCGGCCCCUGCAGACGCGGGACGCGGCCACGACGCGCCUGCUCAGUGGCGGAGACCCGGGCUGUGUGGUUCCCGCCAAUUCUUGCGGCCGUCCUGCUUGGGUUGAGUUGAUGGAGCCGUUUGACCCCGCCGAGCUGCCCGAGCUGCUUAAGCUUUAUUACCGGAGGCUCUUUCCCUACGCCCAGUACUAUCGCUGGCUCAACUAUGGCGGAGUGGUAAAGAAUUACUUUCAACACCGUGAAUUUUCCUUCACAUUGAAAGAUGAUAUUUACAUUCGCUACCAAUCCUUCAACAACCAGAGUGAUCUGGAAAAGGAGAUGCAGAAAAUGAAUCCUUACAAGAUUGACAUAGGCGCGGUGUAUUCCCACAGACCCAAUCAACACAAUACAGUGAAGCUGGGAGCUUUCCAGGCCCAGGAAAAAGAACUGGUGUUUGACAUUGACAUGACAGACUACGACGAUGUGAGGAGAUGUUGUAGUUCUGCAGACAUAUGUUCUAAGUGCUGGACCCUGAUGACCAUGGCCAUACGCAUCAUCGACCGAGCAUUAAAGGAGGACUUUGGAUUUAAGCAUCUUCUCUGGGUAUAUUCUGGAAGGAGAGGUGUUCAUUGUUGGGUCUGUGAGGAAUCAGUUAGAAAAUUGUCCUCCGCAGUACGUUCUGGGAUAGUUGAGUAUUUGAGUCUUGUAAAGGGUGGUCAAGAUGUUAAAAAGAAAGUUCACCUAAGUGAAAAUGUCCACCCUUUUGUCAGAAAAUCUAUAAACAAUAAAAAAAUAGUUUGAAGGAUAUGCCUUGGUGGGUCAAGAUAUUCUUGAAAAUAAAGAA